GUUGAACUAAAUUCUGAGUUACUACAAAGCAUGAUGUCUUCAUUGUUAAACAAUGUACUGGCUGAGGACUGUCGGAACCAAUGGUCUAUGUCUCGCCCAUUAUUGGUACUCAUACUGCUCUACGAGGAUUAUUAUCGCUCACUAAAGGAAACUAUUAUACGUGGACAACCCGUUGAAAAACAACAGACAAUGGCCCAGUGGUUUGAAGAUUUGAUGCUUGGUAUAGAGCGAAAUGUGUCCAGUAAAAAUAAGGAAAAGUUUACACAGAAUCUAUCGACGUUUCGACGAGACGUAGUUAAUCUACCAAAAUCGGCAACAUAUUCGACAGAAAGUUUUUACCAGGCCUAUACCGAAACAAACUACUCAAUAUCGGUAUAAAUGUCGAAAAAAUAUGAUGUCUUCUACUAGUGUUACCUGUCAAAAACCUGUCAUAACACAAUUUAAGUAAGAAUUAUAUAUAUGUAUUAUUUCUGAAAAGAAAAAGCUACACAAUAAAGGAAAAAUAUAAAGCGUUA